UGUCUGAUAAAUGGUAUGGAGUUUCUGGGUUACUCGGGUUGGCUUUAUCCACGUUGAUUCUAUAGAUACAACCAUAAUGGCGAAAAUAAAUUAGCAAAGAUUUCCGAGAAGCUCUCUUCAACAUAAAUGGGCUAUGGAAAUGGAUAAUAUGAACAGUUUUCACCAGUGUUCUGUAUGUGAUAGCGUCUUUGAACAAUACCAUGACUUAAAAGCCCACAACAAAAUACAUUUUAAAGAUGAAGUAAAAGGUUCUGAUCUUGACGUAGUGCAAUGUUCUGUUUGUGAUGAAGAAUUUUCACUUGAGACUGAUUUGGAGGAACAUAUAAGAAUGCAUGCUGACGUCACACAAACAUUGCACGAGUGUGAAGAAUGCCAGGAAACUUUUCAAACUAAUGGUGAUCUUGAAGUACAUAGAGAAAAACAUGUACAGAACAACACAUCUGAAGCAUACUCUAUUAUUGAUGCUCAGAGACCAAAAAACAAUAUACAUGUAUGUCCAAUCUGCGAAAGAAUAUUUAGUAACCGCUCCAGUCUUUCUAGACAUAAGGAAACUCAUAGCGUGGAUAAAUCUUUUCGAUGUGGUGUUUGUGAAAGUUCUUUUAUGCAGAAAAGAUAUCUGUUUAGGCAUUUAAAGAUCCACAUGAAGGACAAGUGUCAUAAGUGUGACAUUUGCAACAAAUUAUUUAUUGAAAAAGCAUCUUUAAAGCUGCAUAUGGAAACUCACAGUGAAAAUAAGCUAUUUAAAUGUGAUGUUUGUGAUAAGUCGUUUAGUCGUGAUUAUAAUCUAAAGAAACACAGUAUGAUUCAUACUGAACAUUCUCAUUUCAAAUGUGAUCUUUGUAGCAAAUCAUACGUCAGUAAACAUGAUCUCGAAAAACAUGUUAGAAGUCAUACAGGCGAGAAACCUUUUGAAUGUGGGUUUUGUAAUAAAUCGUAUUCGGAUGCCAGUGUGCUGAAAAAACAUAUUAGAAUACACACAGGUGAAAAACCUUUUCGGUGUCAUGUCUGCAAUAAAUCCUUCACACAGGUAGCCCAUCUAAAUUCACAUGCUGUGAUGCACUCUGGUGAAAAAGCUUUUGAAUGUGGAAUAUGUGGCCAGCAGUUCGGACUAAAGAAUUCCUUAAAGCGCCAUAUGCAGCUUCAUAGUGAUGUAAAGCACAGCUGUAAUAUUUGUUGUAAAUCUUUUAAGUUAAAGAGUUAUCUACAACUUCAUAUUAAAACUCAUAAUAAAAGUAAGAAAAUUUAAAAGCACGUAAGGCCAUGUAACAAAUAUUCUGGUUAUUGGAUACUGCUGUAUCACUUAAAAAGGGCACCAUGAACUGUUUUUUUUUUUUUAAAGACAUUCGAUAUGCCCAAAUUUCAGUAUCUGAGUAAAUUUUAGCCCGGAUUAAAAGGUGUUUAGCUCUAUCCUUUAGAAACUUAAAAUAGACAACAAUGAGUCUAAAAGCUCAUAAUAUAAUAUGAGUGUAUGCAUGUACAAAGUAAAAGUUUAAAACUGU